AGCAUGAAUGAAUGGUGUGGUUGUCUCGGAAAGCUGUGUGGUAGUUCGGAAGAUAUGAUAGUUUGCUAUUUAUGUCUGGACAAAGUUCAUCACACUAUUUGGACUACUGGAGAGCAUAGGAUCCAGUGUGCCAGUAGGAAUACCUCCCAACUUAGCUCCUUUUCUGUUCAUGCCACACUGACAUGCUUACGAUGUUCAGCUAAACUUAAAUACUGGCCCGCCCAAGGUCCUGGAUUUUCCUGUGACUCUGAUUCUAUACUUUGUCCAAAUAAAAACAAGUUAAUUCAGUCAACAGGAAAAAACAGAUUGAACUGUUUUCCCUGUGAUUUUGACCUCUGUGAAUACUGUAGUGAGCAAUCAGAAGAUGUUACAAAUUCAGAAACCACCAAAUCGAAAAAAAAUCUGAAACACCAAAUGCUGCAGAAGAAUUGCUUAUUGAAGGAAGAUGAAAACCAAAACAACGUAUCAUCGGUAAACACAAAAGCUUCUCUUCUAAAUGACGCCGACAACAUUCCUCUUAUUGAUGUCCAAUCUUCAACAGAAGAUAUUCCUGACCAAGUAUCUAGUGAAUCUCGUAGACACAAAUCUGCGUCGUUGCAUCAGAGGUCAACAGCUUUUGAUGCACGUAGUAAGAGUGUAGCGUCUUUAGGCUUUACCCUACUAGACCCUCAAACAGGAAAACUGGAAAAACAACGUUUGGGAGAUUCCCCUGAUAUUUUCAACCUUAGAGCUCCACUAGUAUCGUGCGAGAACAUUUUAACUCCAACAACUUCUAAAGAAGGAAUAAAUCAGAUAACACCUAACUAACGACAACGCUUGGUACAGGAGGUCUCAAAAAUACAUGUCAAUUUAAAAAUAUCAUAAGGAAGACAUUAUUUUAAAUAAGGAAAUUCGCUCGUUUUAAAUUUCUGAAUUAAUUCAUAGGAUUCAAAUUUCAUAUUAAAUACGAUGGGCGAAAAAAAUGUUCUCUCAUAAAAUAAUACAAGGUAGUAAUAAAAUUAGAUAUUUUUAACUUUAAUUUAUAAAUCAAGCUUGACUCCCAAAGUGCCCGCAUUAGAUAUCGAGAUCAAACGUUCAAGAUUAACAAUCCAAACUAAAUUUCCGAUCUCAGGUUCCAAAAAUAUAAGAAAAUUAGGGCGUGAUUAUUUUUAGUUAUUUUUAAAAACUUGAGUAGAAGAU